GUCCCCGUUCCUGCAGGCGUUCCCCCACCGAGGUCCCGUUAGUGCUGAGCGCUGUGCCGGUCGGUCCCGUCAGGAUCGUCCUUUCCCUUGGCGCUGAGAUCACGUCCGUGGUCGGAUGCCCGCACUGCUCCCAGCGCUGCUCUGAGCUCUCAGCCGGCAGCUCUAACCAGUGCUCGACACCGGCUCCCGCCACGCGCUUGUUAUGUUUUUUGGAUGAGUUCCUCGGUGUUUUCUGCCUCUUGGAUGUGGGAACCAGUACUUUCUGGAACCUCCAGUAACAGACUGGGAGCUGGCGUGCCAAAUCUGGUGCUUGCUUUGCUGAUGGCAAGUGCCUCAUUAUUUGUACUUCUCCAUUCUUUCCCAAUGAGAAAACGAUUAAAAGAAGAAUUGUGGGGCUUCUAUUUGGUGUAUGGAUUCUACUUCUCGGUCAUCCACCUGUGGGCUCCCUUGGCAGAGACUGAAUAGGCCAUCUCUGGAUCAGUUGUAAAGGGAAAUGAAGAUCCCCUCUUCGUGUCUCUUGAUCUUCACUGGACUAGAAGAACCUGUCAUUCUGAAAUGUGGAGGAUACAGCUGUGAGCUGGUGCUACACUGCAAAGUGAUACAAUAUACUGCUGAAGCCAUUGUCAGAAUUUCAGUCUGAAAUUUUGAGAUAUAAGGACAAGUGCAAAGAGAACUACCUGACAAGUCUGAAAGGAUUUCAAAACCUAUGUGGAUCAAGCCUGCAGAGCUGCAGAAGAAUUUGUCAACAUUUAUUAUGAGACUAUGGAUAAAAGAAGAAGGGCUCUGACCAGGCUGUAUUUGGACAAAGCAACAUUAAUUUGGAAUGGAAACGCAGUCUCUGGACAAGAGGCACUGAAUGAGUUUUUUGAAAUGUUGCCAUCCAGUGAAUUCCAGGUUAAUGUGUUGGACUGCCAGCCUGUUCAUGAGCAAGCUACUCAAAGCCAGACAACAGUCCUCGUGGUGACUUGUGGGACAGUAAAAUUUGAUGGCAACAAGCAGCGCUACUUCAACCAGAACUUCUUGCUGACAGCACAGGCCACAUCCAACAGCACGGUGUGGAAGAUCGCGAGUGACUGUUUCCGCUUUCAGGACUGGGCCAACUAGCGAGGAGCAGUGCGGGAAGCGACCUCUCAUUGCACGGCAUGAAGCUGGCUGUUCAGCUGGCCGCCCUGACUGCGGGCUGCGCUCAGUCUUCGUGUUGCAUCUGUCGUUAUGGAAGGUCUGCGGAUGUCUCAGGCUCAAUCCCAGUGGCCGUUGGCUUUAAUAAUAAACGAUCUGAAAAUGUAACGGGUUGCUCAUGUUAGUUGAAGGUAAUGAAAUGCCGAAGGAGUCAAACCUAAGGAAAUGCUGAAGGUAAUGAGCUGUGUUGGAAUCAUUCCUAAAAUGCCUUACGUGCAGCUGUGCUGCCACUUACAGACUUUUUGUAUGUAACGCAGAAACUUUGAACACAAAAUUCUCUUAUUGUAUAGUUCUGACCAAACGUGUAACUGCUUCAAUUUGAACAGGCCUGUUUUUACAGUAGCAUCUUAGCUCUUUUGAAGAAGAUGCCCGCGGCGUGUACAUAGAAUUCUCAGAGCUACCUGCUCCUGGUUGUAAGAGGCUUGUGAGGACUGGCAGUGAUUUCUGCUCUUUGUGAAAGUUGCAAAUACAGCCUGUGAGUGUGUAAUCUCUCAAAUAGUCUGUUGGAAACCUAGUGUUACCUUCACUGAGAUGGAAGGACUGUAUCUUGUCAGGUUUUCUUUUGACUUAAGCAUCUCAGAAUUUGGUGAUUGUUAAUUUAUAUUAGUUCAUAUUUAGGGAAUACUGAAUAACUCAGAACUUCAGUGCCAACAACUCUUGUCAAAUACAUGUGAAGGACUUCAGCCGCAGUUUUUGUUUUGAAGUCUUGUAGUGUAAGAAAUAGGUCAGUAACAUCAUUUCUGUCUGCUCUGUCAGUUCUGUCACUGUGAAGGACGGAAUAUUCUUCCCAUCUAAAGUCUGCAAUUUUUGAAUCCCUGUUAUUUUUUCAGAAAAUAUUGUAAUAAUAAUAAAAAAAAGACACUAAA